CCUCCAAUUUCACGUUACAGCAUCAAUUGGUUCCUUUCAACGACGACAGAGAGCACAACGUUACGAACACGGAUCAUGAAAUAUAGGAAUAGGAAUAUGGUAUUCGGUUUCUGGAAUUCGAAGAGUGAGGGCGUGAAUACACAAGCUAGUCAACUAUGAUUGUUAAUGUUCGUUACCAAAAAACAACUAGUGACACUGUACUGGUGUAAUGAUAGUUGAGAGCGAGUUCAAGCCUGGGCCAAAAUACUGGGAGACAAGCUUUGGGAUCUGGGUCAAAUCUGUGGCUUCAGUGAACUGGAGAGGAAAUCUGGACAACCUUACUUCUACACAAUGCAGUUUAAGGUGGAGAUUAAGAAUGAUAGAGCACUUGUGCAGGAAAUUGCUACAAGCAUUCACAACAUGACCCAGUUGAAGCUGAGUGCUAUUCGGCGUAUUGCAAAGAAUGCAGAAACACUGGCCCUCAAAUUGAAUCAAGGGAACGAAAAUUACACAUUUUAUGGAAAUAAAGCAUAUGACCCAGAUGGUGUGCCUCUGGAAAAAGUUCAUUAUUUAAACUGCACACCAAACCGACACUUCUAUGGUGAAAAUGUCAACACUGACUUCAGCUCCGUACAUGUUCCUAUCAACAUAUACCAUAGAGCACCUGACAUUCUGAAAGUAAUUGAAUGGACUGAGGACCUGGAAGCAAUCUUCAAGAGUAACUAUGAGCAGGAUCCUUCAUUGUCAUGGCAAUAUUUUGGUAGUUCAUCAGGCAUUAUGAGGCAAUACCCAGGUGUGUUCUGGAAUGACUCCCUAGUGGACACAUUUGAUUGUCGAAUGAGAUUAUGGUAUAUUGGUGCCUCAUUAAGUCCAAAAGAUGUUAUCAUCCUGGUGGAUAACUCAGGUUCUAUGACGGGAACAAACAAAGAGACUGCCAGGCAUCUUGUCAACAACAUCUUGGAGACACUUGGAAGCAAUGACUUUGUCAAUGUGCUGAAGUUCAGUGAUACCACUGAGCCAGUUAUAAAGUGCUUCAGGAACAUUAGUCUUGUACAGGCAACUUUAGGAAAUGUGAGAGAACUGAAACUGGCAAUGAAGACAAUGAAAGCAGAAAGGAUGGCAGACUUCCGUUUGGCUCUCACAAAAGCAUUUGAAUUAUUCAAUAUGUCACUUGAGAAGAACUUGGGAGCAUCGUGUAACCGAGCAAUUAUGGUAAUUACUGAUGGUAUGCCUGACAUCUAUAAGGACAUCUUUGAUGAAUAUAACUGGAAGGCUGACAUGCAUGUCCGUAUGUUCACAUUCCGCAUCGGCGAUGAGGAAACAGGAGCUCGUGAGAUGCAGUGGAUAGCUUGUAAUAAUAAUGGGUACUUUGUGUCGCUCAGCCAACAGGCUGAAGUGCGGGAAAAGGUCCUACGCUACAUGCCUGUCAUGUCUCGACCUUUUGUUCUCUUGGGAGAGCGACCUGUCAGCUGGACUCCUAUUUAUGCCAAUCUUGCAGAUCCCCAGCUCACAGAUUUAUUGUGGGUGCAACAUCAGAAUAAGGAGCAGAUUAAUGUGACUCGUUACUGCUACUUUCCAAAGAAGUUUCCAAGCCAUACAUACAGAGCUACUGGCAAGGUUUUCAAGAACUGCUCUGAGGAGCUAGAGAUCAGAAGGGAACAGGACCCAACCCAGAAUACCUUGGCAUACCACUAUGUCAUAUCUGUCUCGAUGCCUGUGCUAGAUGUUGGAGAAAAUAAGAUAAAGACGGCACAGAUUGUGGGUGUUGCUGGCACUGACAUUCCUAUUGAGGAUAUCAAGAAACUCUUAUUAUCCCACAAGGUGGGAGUGAAUGGCUAUGUCUUCAUGAUAACAAAUAAUGGUCACUUACUCAUACAUCCAGACUUGCGACCAGAGUUUCUGGGCAUCCUGAAACCAAGUUACAACAGUGUGGACCUAACAGAAGUGGAACAUGUGGAUGAUGACAGCAUCACAAUAGGACAUUCAGACCCUGGGCUCAUUGAGAUGAGAAAAGCUAUGAUUGAUCAAGAGUAUGGCAAGAAGAAUUUGCUGCUGAAAUACCAUUUUGACCAUAUGAAGAGAAUCUCCACAGUGAGGCGACAGUACACCCACACUGGCAUCAAGGAUACACCUUUCUCUGUAGGAGUUGCACUACCAUACCCAUAUGGCUUGCACAUUGCACACCCUCUAGAAGACAAACUCAAGAUGCUUACCACAAGGAAACCAACACGUAAUUAUAAAGACUUGAUUAAACAAGUACGUGAGUUUUCAGAAGAUGGAAACUGGACUGUCCAUCCAGAUUGGGUUUACUGCAAGUACCAUUAUGACACAGUACAUGACUUCAGAAGUUCUGAGGAAGAACUUCGGCACUUUCUGGAAAUUUUGGAUGCAGGGAAGGGGUUUCAAUGUUCACCAGUAAGGCACCUCAUACCCCCUGAACAGAUGAAUAGUGCACCAUACCCAAAAGUAAAAAUGGAUUCUUGUUAUUGUGAUGUGGAACUAUUGAAUUCACUGAUACAUGAUGCCAUUGAAACAAGAUUUUGGUCCAAAAGGAACAUCAUUAUGAAGCAGGAUAAAUUUAUCAAAGAAUUUGGAGUUACUGUGGUGUUUCUUGCAACUCACAGUGGUCUUACCAGAUGGCAACCUUUCCAAGACAACACAGAAACCAGUGACUUCAAGGAGACACAUACCCACACUAUAGAUGAGGUAUGGUACCAACGAGCUGUGGAUUUACAGGACAAGGGUGGUACUUUUGUCUACUCUGUGCCAUUCUCAGAUGGUCGAGGAGACAACAGCAGUGUCUUAGUCACUGCAAGUUAUGCAGUGUUCACUGAGGACAAGAAGGUUCCUUUGGCUGUUCUAGGAUACCAAUUUGAACACUUCAAAUUGUUCAGCGAGUUUUACAGCAUAACAUCUAAGUGUACUGGUUGCACCAGCUGCAGUUCAGAUGAACUGAUGUGCUACAUCCUAGACAACAAUGGUUUCAUAGUGGUGUCUGAAGAGAUCAGUGAAACAGGAAAGUUUUUCGGUGAAGUGGAGGGCAAUGUCAUGAAGAUGCUAAUCCAGGAAAAAGUUUUUAGAAAAGUUCAAAUUAUUGAUUACCAGGCCAUCUGCUUACGUGAAGAUGAAAGUACAAGCCAUGCAUCACUCCUGAUCACACCAAUGCAGCACUUCCACCAUAUGCUUGAAUGGCUCAUAGGCACAACAGUCUGGCUGUUUGCUGAAAUCAGUCCGUGGCAUGGAAGUUUGACAGAUGCUGCAAAGGUAAAGCCAACACAGUUACCGAAGGAGUAUGCAAGGAUCAACCGCACUCAUCUGGAACCAUGUAUCAAGGAGUUGGACUUGUACCAACUGCAGAAUAUCACAUAUAUGAACACCAAGGUUAUCAGUUCAAGCAGCUGUUCACAGUACACAGUAGUGCAGAAGUUGUCCCACAGCAACUUGAUUCUUGUGGUGGUGGAUGGCCUAUGCUCAGACGACUCCUGGACAAAUGUGAGAAUAAAAAUGGAAGUAAAAGACUCAAACAUAUUCUGUAUGAAGGCUACGAAAGAUGAGUUGGCUCGGAAACGACCCAAAACCUGCAUUGGCAGAGACAACAAGGCUGAGAAAUUGCAGGAACCCCACAUUGCAGAAUGUGGGUGUCAUCCACAAUUCGAAGUUGAUAUCUUCCUUAUGCUGAUCUGCUGGUGUGUAGGAGUCAUCAGUUCCACACAGCACUGACAGUUGUGUCAGCAACGGAGUGCAUUUGUCCAUGGUAAAAAUAUACAUCUGUCCCUGUAACAGGCUGUGGAGGCCCAUAGGGUUGUGAGAUAUUGAGGGUACCACAUUUUAUAAAAAUUGGCUGACAGAUGGUCGUGAGGUUGAUUUUGUCCAUGGUACAUUUACUGAUACCAAUAAACAAUAGCAACAGAAAAUUUCUAGUUUUUACAUAACAUAUGAUGUAUUGCUUAAUAUGAUUAACUUUACUGAUUGACAAACAACACAAAACUUUCAGGCUUAAACCUUUUAGUUGCAAAUGUGCAAUUUACCUAGUUACAGUCAGUGUUUGAAACUGGGGAAAAUGAAGAGUGAAAAAUAUAUAUUACUUUAUCUCAUACAAGUAUCUGUUUUAUAUGACAAUGAAAGAAAAACUCCUGGAUGUCAUAUAGUUACCUACUUGGCUCACUGGUUCAUAAGGUAUUUAAUGACAUGACUAAAUAUUAUAUAAAACUUACUUAUCCAUUAAAAUCAUAAGAUAAAUUCUGUCAUGAUAAUGGCAUUCUUUGAAGUAAAUUUAAGGAAAAUAAAAAGGCAAGGUUUAUGAAUUUUUUCAUAAGAGUUUCCACUAUCUAACCAAGGUAAAUGAAGUAGAAGAUAUAACACUUUAAGCCUUAGGCAUUUCAAUGUUUAAAUGUCUCAUUGUCAGGUUUAAAGUGUUACAAAAGUACAACUUCAUUAGUUUUCAGAAAAGGUUUUCUUUUUGGAAACAUUAGACACACUCACUCAAGUUUGAAAGAAUAUGUGCUUAUAAGUUGCAUUACAGAAGCAACUCUGACAGAAGUACAUACACGAUGUACACAUAUAAUCACUUACACAUGUGUAUAUAGUUUUUCUCCAGUUUCCGGCUUUUGUACUUCCACUGAUGCAUUUUUAUAUCUUCACUGGGAAUUGCCUGCUCAUUCAGACUGCACAGCAAGAGUACUGUAGUGAAAAUGAUCUCUUUCUUUUUUUAUCCCACAGGUCUGUCUGCAAUAGUUUAUUGUCCCUUCAUCAUUGAAUAGGCCUUCUGGAACUUAUAUGCAGAAUUGUUUUUUCUUUCUGUUUGUGAUUUAUUUUAUGAUGCUCUCUGUAACUCAGACUUUACUGUGUCUAUCAACAUUUAAAGCUCUGCUGUGUUCAGCAUUACUGGGUCUGUCCUUCCAUAUAUGCCCAGAUUUGAAUCAUAACAGCUUCCAACAUCGUACUGCCACAUGUAGGGGGGUACGCAUGUUGAAAAUAACGGGUUCUAGAUAUGAUGAUUGGAUUUAUUAACACUUUGGUUACAAU